UUUCGCAACUGCUCGCCUCUCGCCCCGUGCCCGGCUGUUUUUCCAUUUCCCAGUCCUUCUUCUUGAGUACUUUGCCCCUGCAUUUGAGGAGAGGGGCUGGAAAGGGGGCGGGUGGAACGACCGGAGGAGAAGAAGAAAGCGAGGCCCGGAGGAGGAGGAGAAGGAGGAGGAUCGGCGGACCGUAGGGAGGAGACCCCACGCCACCCUUUCUGGUCAUCUCCCCUCCCGCCCCGCCCCUGCGCAUACUCCCUCGCCGGCGAGCUACUUUCGGACGAGGAAAGUGAGGGCGGCCCUGGGUGACAGCGCCGCGGGACUAGUCCUGGGGAAGCCGCGCGUCUGCUCGCGUCUUGUCCGCCGCGCUCCCAGCCAGGGGUACAGCCCGGACCCAGGAUGGCUUCGACUACAACCUGUACCAGGUUCACGGACGAGUAUCAGCUUUUCGAGGAGCUCGGAAAGGGGGCAUUCUCAGUGGUGAGAAGAUGUAUGAAAAUCCCUACUGGACAAGAAUAUGCUGCCAAAAUUAUCAACACCAAAAAGCUUUCUGCUAGGGAUCAUCAGAAACUGGAAAGGGAAGCUAGAAUCUGCCGUCUUUUGAAGCACCCCAAUAUUGUGCGACUUCACGACAGCAUAUCGGAAGAGGGCUUCCAUUACUUGGUGUUUGAUUUAGUUACUGGAGGUGAACUGUUUGAAGACAUAGUGGCAAGAGAAUAUUACAGUGAAGCCGACGCCAGUCAUUGUAUACAGCAGAUUCUAGAAAGUGUAAAUCAUUGUCACCUAAAUGGCAUAGUUCACAGGGACCUGAAGCCUGAGAAUUUGCUUUUAGCUAGCAAAUCCAAGGGAGCAGCUGUGAAACUGGCAGACUUUGGCUUAGCCAUAGAAGUUCAAGGAGACCAGCAGGCGUGGUUUGGUUUUGCUGGCACACCUGGAUAUCUUUCUCCAGAAGUUUUACGCAAAGAUCCUUAUGGAAAGCCAGUGGAUAUGUGGGCGUGUGGGGUCAUUCUCUACAUUCUACUGGUUGGAUAUCCACCCUUCUGGGAUGAAGACCAGCACAGACUCUAUCAGCAGAUCAAGGCUGGAGCUUAUGAUUUUCCAUCACCGGAGUGGGACACAGUGACUCCUGAAGCCAAAGACCUCAUCAAUAAAAUGCUUACUAUCAACCCUGCCAAGCGUAUCACAGCCUCGGAGGCACUGAAACACCCAUGGAUCUGUCAACGUUCUACUGUUGCUUCUAUGAUGCACAGACAGGAGACUGUUGACUGCUUGAAGAAAUUCAAUGCCAGAAGAAAACUGAAGGGUGCCAUCUUGACCACUAUGCUGGCUACGAGGAACUUUUCAGCAGCCAAGAGUUUGUUGAAGAAACCAGAUGGAGUAAAGAAAAGGAAGUCCAGUUCGAGUGUUCAGAUGAUGAUAAACAACAAAGCCAACGUGGUAACCAGCCCCAAAGAAAAUAUUCCUACCCCGGCGCUGGAGCCCCAAACUACUGUAAUCCACAACCCUGAUGGAAACAAGGAGUCAACUGAGAGUUCAAAUACAACAAUUGAGGAUGAAGAUGUGAAAGCACGAAAGCAAGAGAUUAUCAAAGUUACUGAACAACUCAUCGAAGCUAUCAACAACGGGGACUUUGAAGCUUACACGAAAAUCUGUGACCCAGGCCUUACUGCUUUUGAACCUGAAGCUUUGGGUAAUUUAGUGGAAGGGAUGGACUUCCAUCGAUUCUACUUUGAGAAUGCUUUGUCCAAAAGCAAUAAACCAAUCCACACUAUUAUCCUGAACCCCCAUGUACAUCUGGUAGGCGAUGAUGCUGCCUGCAUAGCAUACAUUAGGCUCACACAGUACAUGGAUGGCAGCGGAAUGCCAAAAACAAUGCAGUCAGAAGAGACACGUGUGUGGCACCGCCGGGAUGGAAAGUGGCAGAAUGUUCAUUUUCAUCGCUCGGGGUCGCGAACAGUACCCAUCAAAUUCAACCAGCCUGAGAUCAAAAAUUUUCAGGGGUGGAGAAAUUCCAGCCAUCUUGUAUUCCAAAUGGGAAAGAAAACUUCUCAGGAAGCACCUCUUUGUGGCAAAACAUCUAAGGCCUGAAAACCAUUCCCAUGUGGGUCUUCUAAGUAUCAACAGUGCCACUUCUGCAUUCUCUGUUCUCACCUGGAUGGUAACCCUGGGCCGUCCUCUCCUCCUCUUCAUGCAUGUUUCUGAGUGCAUGAAGUUGUGAAGGUCCUACGUGUAAUGCACAUGUGAUGCAUCAUCUUGUCAUAUAUUCCUUCCUGUACAUUGUUUACACUUCAACUAUGGAGAUGUUCCAUGCAAACUUCAAUCACUGUUGGCAAACAAUAGGGGGAGGUCAGACAAAAUUCCACAAUACUCCAAGUACAAACCUACUCAUCCGGUUUCUCUGCUUAUGCCAAGACUUAACAGACUUCAAAGUUAUCGUUCUUUGAAUGACAGUUUGUAACAGAAAUGUUAGUUUUUAAAAACUCUUUGCUGUUCAUCUGUUUUAGCUUUUUUGUUUAACAAAAAAAGGGAAAAGAAAUUACCUUCAGUUUCCUGGUGUGAUCCUGGUUGAAAUGGUUGAUAUGUCACUGAAAGCUGUGUUGCUGUUUAACAAUUAAAGGGAUUGAUACGUGGGCAGAAUCACUUAUGAAUGUGGAAGCGAGAAUCGGUGGGUUUGCUACUACCUAAAGUCAUGUCUUUUUUGGUCAAACUGUGUAAACUGGAAAAACUCACGUCAUUGACGAGUUUGAUCACUUUAGGGUAUACUUGCACUGUUCUGGUGAAAUUUGCUGAAUUUUUUGUUCCUUUCUCAAACCUAUGCUCUUUUUUCUUCAUUUUCUCCUAUUUCUUUAUUACUUUUGUUUGCUUCCUUUAUAUUUUUCUGCUUUUCAUUCUUUUUUCUCUUUUUGUCUAGUAGUGUGAGAAAAGUGAAAUUUGCAUAAUGAAGGUAAAAUAAAAACAGGCCUUUUGGAGGUGGCUAAACUAGUGCUUUGAUCAUCUUCUGGGCCCAUAAAAAUGAUGUCAAGAAGAUUUCAAAAGUUUGUAAUUCUGCUCGAGUUUGGACGUAGGGAUCCUAACUAUGUUGGAGGUAUUAGAAUUGUUUAAACUUAUAAUAAAAGCAAGUAGGUUCCUACUGUACCUGCACCACGUCUCGCUGAUUGGUGCAGUUGCCAGGAGAGUACCAAGCUGGUCGUAGAUCAGGAUUUUGUGCAAAGGCGCUUCCUUCUGCCUUGCAGGAUGCGCGCCUCCUGCGUCAUCACUGGCUAGUUUUCUGAAGUUAGAGAGGCCUGCGGGUGUUUUCCAUUCUCCUAAGUGUUUGUUUUGAACUCUGUCUCUGUGACUUGUGCUUUUGCGGCUUCUCUCAUGUGUCAGAGUAACAUUAUCUUCCUUCGAGGAGUUAGCAUUUUCCUAUUUAAAAAAGGGGGGGGGGGCGGGAGGGAUUGUCCCUGUUUUCUCUGUGGUUCUCAUUUCUCCUUUGUUUAUUCAAUUCCUGUGGGGCUUUUUCUCCUCCCUGAAAUGCUUUAUAGUGCAUGGUAUCUUCAUCAGCGUUAUUUUAACAAUAGUAAUUCACAAUCCCCAGAAGCCUAUUUUUAAAGCAGAAGCAAAAAAAUAAAAACAUCAACCCUCCCUCUUUUCUCUCAUUUCACCUUUCUGUGUUGAUUACUAAUCACCUUAGAUAUUGUUGCUAGUGGAUGUAUGGUAGAUGGAUUGAAGCUUUUCUGAUAAUUAUUACACGAUUUAAAACAAUAUAUAUUUAAAAUAAAAUAAAUAUAUACAGUAAAUGUAUUGGGCCAUGUUAACCUGCCAAUGAGAUCUGUGAAAAAAAUAAUGGCCUCAUUUUUCCCUUUUUAAUUUCUUUUACCUUUUUGUGCAGCAGCUAUACGUGGCAUACAUGUAUUUUUUAACAAAAUAGGUAUAGAGUGUUUUUUUUUUUUUUACACUUUUAGCAUGUGGUGUUGAAGUAUUAUUACUGUAGAUCAAGUUUGUCUUCCGCACUAAGACGUGAGGAAAUUGUGAUUUGUUCUCUCCACCACAAUUGAAUUACACAUUUAUUAAUUAUCUUCUCUCAUUUUGAAACACUGCAGUUUACCGUGGGACACUGUAUAUAUUUCUUGCCAUAAUGGUAAAUGACUGAUUGAUAUAUUUAAGAGUUAAUAAAUUUGUGAUUUCUGCUGACAA